AAAAAGACCGAGCGCCAGACGAAAUGCGAGCGUGUGGAGUGGCCAUCUGUGGUCGCAUGGCCUCCCAAUUGGCUGCGCGCGCACGCACGGCGACAAGCUGGCGCGUCUUCGCCGUCGUGCACGGCAAAGUUGGCGCGCAUGUGCGGCGCGCCCGGCGACAGGGCUGCCGCACGGAGACGCUAGCAGCCGCAGCAGCAGCAGCAAGAAACGUCCUCGAGCACUUUAAUGAAGACGGCUCGCGGCGGCUCACAACUCGUCUGCCUGCUGCAGCCUACAGCCGCCGGUGCACACGUGCGACCCACCCAUCGCCGUCUGGCCACACAGUGGAGAACGAUCCCACGUCUUCGUCUUCGUGCUCUCGCCAAGGCGGGAGUAUACGACUGCAACGCUGAAGACGCCAUCUCACGGAACUUUAAAGGACUGGUCGGCGUGAACCAGACAAAGGCUAGAACUCGGGCAGCCAAGACCUGUGAGGAGGCCCACUUUGAGGACUGCUGCUUCGAGCAAAACAGAAAAGAUAAUUGGAAGAAGCUAACAAGACAUGCCAUCCCGACACUGUUUCCAUUUCGUCCUGUGCCGAAAUGCCGCAAGCCACCAAAGUGUAUCUUCCAAGACACAGCCUCUGCUAACGCGGCGGCGACUGGACUGGCAGCUAAUGAUGGAUCUGAAACCCAGUGUGGUAGCAUAUCAAACAGCCUGUGCCUUGAUGUGAUGGCAGCUGAAGAUGUGCAAGAUUAGCUUACCGAGAACUGUUACAAUAAUGUGAUCCACUCACCGCGCCAGCAUGACAGCCUGAACAUGUGCCACACUCCAGGCAGCUCUGGAACAAGUAGCCCUGCAUGCUUUACAUAUUUACGUUCACCAACUUCAUUGCCGUAUUAGGCAAACGCUCGCCUACCCAGGUGUUUAGUUGUCAACUGCAGUGUUGACAGUGAUGAGGACGACGAGCUUUCACAACAGAGGACUGCUGCUGCAACAUGUAGCAAGUUUCAGUCGAACGGAAUUGAUAAUGGAAAGUGUUCCUUAUCCCUCCCCCAUGUAGUCACAGAGUCGUCUAGCCACACAUCGGCUAGCCUCAGGGGUAGCACUUCUUGGAACAUGCUCCCUUCACUACAGCUGACAGAGAUCCAUUCUGAACCCAUUGGCACAAUGGUGUCAGAAUUGUCACCAGAAGAAGUAGCUGGGUCCUGUGAUAACCCCUGAGCUACCAAUCUGGUCUUGUUCACUUUCUCUGGAAAUGACACCAAUGAAAAGCUAGAAUCGACAUGCAAUAGCACUCCAGAGGUAAAAAAAGUACAGUGACCUAACACGGAAGUACAAGAGGCUGGAAAUGCUGCACAACAAGGCAAAGACCUCCAUUCGAAGCCUGAAGCAACAAGUCUGGGCGCCAAAAACUUGACUCCGUGUUCAAGAAGGAAUUCCUAAAUGCACACCAAAAGAAAGUACUAACAAGAAAAAAUAGCAAAGGAUGCGUUUGGUCUAAAAAACAAUGUGAACAUCGCUGCAAAUCAAGCAUGCAUGUCGUGCAGCUGGUUAUGAACUUCUGCGAUCAUUCUCGCAUCUUCUGCCCUCAAGCAAAACCCUGAUCAGGAGGUUACAAAAGAUCCACUUUCUUCCAGGUAUCCUCCAUGAAGUGUUCGAUGUGCUCAAGCGCAAAGUGGAGGCAAUGGAGGAUAUUGAAAAUGAUUGUGUCCUAUUCAUGGAUUAAAUGUAAAUCUCUCAAGGGUACGAGCAUGACCGCGCACUGGACUACCUUUUUGGCAGCACGACCUUGCCCGACACACCAGACAAUGUAGCAAACCACACGUUGGUGUUCAUGGUGGGUGGUCUAAACAAGAGCUAUAAGCAAGUGAUUGCAUACCACUUCACGGGUAGAUCUGUUGAUGGACAACUGCUGAAAGACGUUGUUUUCAGCCUCAUAUAUAAAUGAUUCACAGCAUAUCGCUAAGAGUUCUUGUCGUAACAAGUGAUAUGGGGUCAGCAAACCGGGCUGUGUGACGGUUGCUAGGGCUUUCUAGCCAUCGAAACUUUGAAACAGUUAGCAGUGUCCCUCACCCUCACCUUGAAGGUAGGCUGCUGCAUCUUAUGACGGACCCCCCAGCACAUGUUAUAAAAAAUCUGCGGGCAAGCUGUUUCUACUUGAACAAUCAGACAGUGAACCAGCAGGGUCUUCCUAGCAACAAGGUCGACGUCAAACAUGUAGAGUAAGUACUCGAGCACGACUCCGAUAAUGACCUUAAGGUAGCAAACAGCUUGUCUGCUGUCCAAGUGAGCGCUGGACAUUUUACAAAAAUGAAGGUCAGCAUUGCUGUACAGCUUCUUCGUGAAGCCCCAGCUGGAAUUCGCUACCUAAUCCAGAAAGGAAAGCUUCCAGCCGAGGCCGAAGCAAGGGCUUGGUUUUUUGAGCUACUUUGGAGAUGGUACAGCUUAAUGUCAUCACGUCAUCCUGUGCUUGCUCUGAGCAAGAUAGAUGUCACCAAGUAUAAAGAGGCGAUAGCAACGCUUCACCUUGCCCAGCAUACGGUGCGACAUGUGAAGAAGGGAACAGCGCACUGGAAGCCGUCCCAGGCAGGCCUUCUGAUUUCAGCAUCUGUUGUACUUAGCCUCGCAGAAGAACUUCUACGCCACUGUGGCUAGAUGUACGUCUUAACCAGUCGAUUAACCCUAGACUGCCUGGAAAACAUCUCAAUCUUGCCGAUGAAAAAGCCCUCCCCAAGUGCAUACGAUGUCAAAUGCGCUUUGAAACUGGUUUGUGUAGGGCUGUUUCUACACACACCGAAGUCAACAAGCAACGACAUUGAUGACAGCCUGCAUCUCACCGACCUUCUUGGUCCAACUCUACAAAAGCAGCUUCGGGAGUUUGCGGAUGACGAGGAGCGCCUAGAGGACCUUGUUAUUGAGGAAGUUUCAUCAACUGAAUGCGACAUCCUCGCCUACUUUGGAGGAUUUCUUCUCGGGGCUGUAAUGAAGGCAACAGAGAAUUGUGAGCCACGCAGGGCAGUAUUAUAGUUGGAGAAAAUGAAAGCUACAGUGCACUCGUCAACGUAAAAGAGUACGUAAAGGGAGCUCGCAACCUAAUCAGGCCCAGCAAUGAAGUGAUGGCUGUCCUGGUUCACUUUGAGGAACAUUUCAAGGCAUUUGUCUCAGCUGAUACCAUCUUGGACAUGAAGGCUCCGUUCAGGACCACAUCAAGGUUCUCGGCUGAAAAUGUGGACGUUAAUCUUGAAGGAGUGUGUAGUUCUCACAAGGAAAAGGUUGAAAAGUUGCUUUUGGAGAAGUAUGUUAGCUCACGCUUGCGGAUGCAUCUUUGCCAACAAAUGGCUCGACGUGUUGAGGCACAUUCGAGCAAGACGUGUGCUCGAGUAAACCUUUCAUAGGUCAAGCAAAAUGAUAAAAAAAAACCUCCUUGUAGCCUGCUGUUUUCAAUUCUGAACCGAAUGGCAUAGUGUGGAUACAGACUGUAGCUUAUCUGCUGGAUCCAGCUUAUUAAUUUCUCUUUUUUAUUACUUUCCGUGGCAUUGGUUAUUGAAAUAAAACUUCGUAAAGUAGGCACUUGGGGAGAGGGGGACAACGGUGCCGCAUAUGCAUGUUUUGCCUGAUAUGUAAAGCCGUCAGCCAAAUAGUAGACCAAACAGGUCACUUCGUAACUAUAUAGAGUCCUCCUGUUAGACGACUCCAAUGUUCAACACACUGCAAACCUAUCUGCUGUAUUUAUUGUGCAUAGGACACUGUUACAUUCAUUGUAUAUAUGCGUUUCCACAUCUUUUCAUGCUGCUUGCUACUACAAUUUUAACUGUCCUUUCUAAUAUGCUUUAUUCGGCACAUUUUGUGUUAAUGGUGUAGUUGGUAAGAAAGGCUUUCUUGCUGCAAGGAUUACAGACCACAAUGAUAAUGUGCGAAGCUGCACCUUUAUUGUUAAUUACUGUCUGUUUCAAAUAUUUUCUUGUAUUUCUACUUAUUUUCAGUAAUUGUGUCUAUCCGCUGUAUAUAUUCACAUUUCCUUUGAUUUCAUUCACGUUUUGCAUUCUUUUGUUGAACAGUAAGUGCCCAGUUGUGUGU